AUGUCCUGCGUCAAUCCCCGUCGAAGGCCACCUCUGGUCCAUCCUCCUGGGAAGGGCAGCGAGAGUGGUUUGACGCCUAUAGCAGCUACCUUUGCCCUCCGAAAGGGAGCCACGUUUCAUUCUCCCACUUCCCCCGUCCGUUCUUCCCCAUCAGACGACAUCUUCGUCCCUCCUCAGCUCUCGCGGUCUCAGACGCACCUAGACGACGUUGUCGAUGCCAACCGUCGUCGUAUCGCUCUCACUUUAAAUGAUAUUGACGAGGCUCUCGCCAAGACGGAGAGCCACUCUCUGUUAUCCAAGCCCCUCAACAAGACGCCGCUUCGAGACAACAGCCUUCCUGUCCCUCGAGGCUUCCUCGACCUUCCUGUCGUCGACCCAGCCGUCGCCAAGCCCGAGCCUCCGGGUCGCAUCUCGCGACCCCGCUCAAUUGGACGACGUCGAGACCAUGCUUCAGAUAGCGGUCUCGGUUCCUCCAUCGUCUCCGCCUCGGAGGAGAAGGAAACAAGGGCUCAGGUCAUUCCUUCUGCUCUCACCGGCUUGGGGGCGCCCGGUACCAAGCACUUGCUUCCUGCCUUGAGCCGGAAGGCGUUCAACCGCAUCCAUGAACACGUACUCGGGCCCCUUGUUGAGAAGCCCACGUUGAAGGCCUUUGAGCCCAUCAUUCUCGAUGUCCCUCGGCAGAUUCGGUCCAAGGAAAUCAUUUGCCUUCGAGAUUUGGAAAAGACGCUCAUCUUUGUGGCACCGGAGACUGCCAAGUCCGCUGCUUUGUACCUCGAUUUCUGCCUCACGUCGAUUCGGUGCAUCCAAGCAACUGUCGAUUAUCUUCCGGAUCGCGAGCAAGUUCGACCUGGCGAUCGACCCUACACUAACGGAUACUUCAUGGACUUGAAGGAACAAAUCUACCAGUACGGCCGACAACUCGCCGCCGCCGCCGCCGCCGCCUCCAAGGAGGAGGGUGGCGCUGUCAAUGCCGAUGCCGUUGAUGUCGACAAAGACGACGAAAUUAGACUUCACGGCGGUAUCGCCGAGAAUGGCCGUCCCGCGGAGCUGAUACGCGUCAAGCAGGAUGGUUCCGCCAUUUCCCUUGCCACUGGUGAAGCCGUAGAUUUGGGCCAGUCCCCCGUCACGUUUAAGCGUUCUCUGAGUGAGCAGCGCGAAGACGAGGAGGAAAUCAUGCGAUCCAUGGCCAGGCGAAAGAAGAAUGCCACCGCCGAAGAACUAGCCCCCAGGAGAUGCCGCGAGCCAGGCUGCAGCAGGGAGUUUAAGCGCCCCUGCGAUCUCACAAAGCAUGAAAAGACGCAUUCUCGACCUUGGAAAUGCCCUGUUCGGACCUGCAAGUACCACGAGUCUGGCUGGCCCACGGAGAAGGAGAGGGACCGGCACGUCAAUGACAAGCAUUCCGAUGCCCCGCCCACGUUCGAGUGCAAAUUCACGGGUUGCCCCUACAAGUCAAAGCGAGAGUCCAAUUGCAAGCAGCACAUGGAGAAGAAGCAUGGCUGGACCUAUGUCCGCACCAAGACGAAUGGCAAGAAGGCUUCCGCCCCGUCUGCCAGUUCCGUGCAGCAGACGCCGCCUCUUUGCAGCAUUUCCACUCCGACGAGCACGCCUACCUACAGCGUCCCUACACCCCCUCAGGACCAGGAUGCCGUGGCCUUCCCCGCCUACCAAGCUGACGCAGAGUGGCUCUCCACUCAUGGUAACCAGCCGGAGACUCUGGACGCCAUGGACCUGAUGCUGGAGCACACGUCUCCAUCCUCCUCGGCUACUUCGUACGACCAGUACCCGCCUUACCAGAACGGCGCCGCCUUUCUUGUGAAUGACGAGGAUAUCUACGCCGCCAACGUGCAGCUUCCCGCCGAUUAUUCUCGCCCUGAACAGCUUUACAACAAGGCUAUGCCACAGCAGCCUGCCGUGUACCAAGCGCCCUGCCCCGGGUCGCAAGUCGCCGUCCACGUUCACUUCUCCCCUGCGGGGCGGGAGAAUGCAAUGCUCUUCACUCCCGAUGAUGCUGAUGAUUUCGACGAGGGCUUUGAUGAGUCCUUCAACAAUGGCGGCUCGGACUUUCAGCUCUUGGGCAUGAACAAGGGUGACAACUGUCAGCAAUCCUUGUUCGGGGAGGUUCCAAGCGCAAACCUUGGCUUCUCGCAGGCCUCGCAGCUGGACCCUUUUCACCCUUUCUAUUGGACCGAUGUGGAGUAUCUUCCUAUGAUUGAGUAA